CGCAAGUAAGCUGCCAGCAAACAGUCAAAAGGCAGCUUUCGUACUAACUUCGCGCCUUUCGUUCGAGGCCUUCCCGAACUCCAAUCUUUCAUCCGAUUCCUUCCCUUGGUAGAUAAACAUACCUAGUUUCAUGUUGUGGAAGCCUUUGGACUUGAAUCAGAUCCAUGCUCCUUGAACUGAGCUCCAAAGUAGACUUCACAAAUCAGUUUCCAGACUUAACCAUUUUCUGGCAGUUUUCCAGUUUUGAGAUAGCAACUUUGAGGCCUUGGAAAACAACCUUAAUGACAUCAUCUGGAUCCACCAAGCAUACCAUUGGAAAGAUGGUAACUUUAUCUGCAAAACAAACCCUUAAAAUUGAAUUUCCACCAAGCCAAUUGAGAGAACCAUGCCUCCAAAGUAUGUACCCUGAACACGGAUUUUGACUUAGCCAAAUUCUGCCUUUCUUCUUCCCAACUUUGAUAGCUUCUUUGUUAAGUAAUUGUGACGUGAAUUGUCGGCAAUUUGGGAUCAUAUCAGCCACUUCCGAUCCCUCAUUUCUCCAUGAUAUGGAGGAGACUGUUCAGCGCUCAGCGAAGCAAACAGAGUGGGUGAAGCAAGUUUGCUCACAUCUUGCUCAAGAUCACCUUUCUGCUACCACGCUAGAAGAGGUGGAGGAUGACAAAGGCUAUGGGAGCGUUGAGGAGCAUACAGAAGUUAUCACAGAGAACUCCCAUGAUAACCAUGAUCAGGAAAGUCCUUUGGUUGCAGACCACACCUUUCCUCAUUUGUGCUCUAACAUGCUGGGCCCGUGCGAGGAGAUGCAAGAUGAUCCCAUUGAAGAAAUUUCUUGGCGACUUGCUCUCCAAUCUGUUCUAGAAGAAGAAGAGCGAGCAAGGAUGAGGAAGGAAGUUGUGGAUGAUGAGGAAGAAAGAAAAGAAGAGGUGGUUCUUGAUCUUUUCCCAGGGGAGAGACCACAUUUUGAAGAAGGAAGGGGGGUUGUGGAAGCAAUUGGCGUCCAGGCUGAGGAUGAAGUUGAGGUGGAAGAGGCAUGCACCGGCCAUGAGUUGCAAGUAAUAUCCCCACCAAACUUUGAGGAACUGCUUGGCAAGGACCCAUUUGCAGUGUCUCUUGGCCAGACCAAGGCCACAUCGACAUCGGUCCCUCUUGGUGGACGCGAUGGUGGUCGGUCGAUGCUGUCAUAUCUGGUUUGGGGCAAGGAGACAAGAGAAGAGAAGAAGAGGUCUCGAGGGUGGAGACUUCAUCUGCAUCAAGUACAUGAGCCUUCAUCACCUGCCACACCACAUGCUCUUGACUUGAGACUCCACCUCAUCGACGAGAACCUCAACUUCAAGGAGGUUCUAGCAUGGACCGAAACUUAGGAGCCAUCGUCCGGCUCACGACGUGAAAGAAGCGCUUUUUGGGAGGCAACCCAACCAGUCGGUUUGCAUUUCUUUCUCUAUUUCUCCUCGGUUGAGUCAGUUUUGUUAUUUGAUUUUAGAGUCAAUAACUCAACCUUUGUGAGAUUUUGUGUGGUGUUUGUGUUCUGAUUACUCUCUCUUCCUGGAAUGCACUGCCUGACCCGUACAUCAUCAUUCACCCUUGAUCUGGUAACUUCGUUCUACCCUCCUUAUCUUUCCUCCAUUGAGGACAAUGUCGUGGUUAAGUGUGGGGGGGUGUUCGAUUAUGUAUGCGGGUGAACGUUUGGCUGUUUGUGUGCUUGGAGCCUAGUCCACUGUCCAAAUUUUUAAAUUUGAGGGCUCCAAGUAUGUGUUUCCUUGCAAAUUGCCUGCUCAGUAUGCUUUGAAUUGACAGUCUCUAUAGUAAUGUGCAACCUAGGGAGGUAGUGUAGCACUAUGGAGGAUGUUGAAGUAUAAGAUUUUUCCUAUCUAGCUCUCUGUUGUGCCAGUUGAUUUUGUGAAUUAGUGGAGCUAAGACCGUUGAAUUCAUGUGGUAAUGGUGACUCUGUUUGGAUUAUGUUAUGGACUCGUGUAUCGAACAGGGUGCUCAUAUGGAAAAUGGGAAGCAGUUGGUCCUCCAUGUCAAAAUCAUUAAAUCUUAAACAUGGGGUAAGCCCAACGUGUGCGGCACCGUUCAUUGCACAAAAUCGGGUUUUGGAAGAGAUUUUAGUGAUCCUUAGUGGGGUACUCCUACAAGGUGAAGCUAAGUUGUCUCUAGUACAAGUAAAACUUCCACCCGUUGAACGGUUUGCCUACUUGAGGAUGUGUUUUUAAGGGCACCGAUAGAGCUUCCGACCCCCCUUAAUUUCAUUGACCCUCCACACGAGUUGAGGAAAAGGAGUUAAAAGAAGUACUCUGGCGAGCUCCAGAUGUACAGAAAUUGCUCUUGCUCGACUAAUAAGGGUCGACCGUGCAAAAGACUGUAGUUGGAACCCCACCAAAUGAAAGAAAAAAUGUAAAUGAAAGUGAGAAAAAGGGGUUCCAACGGUGAAAUGAAGUGAAAGAGCACCCCGGUACAACGAAUCCUUGGUUGUGAAUGGUGUGAGUCCCUUUAUCCAUGAACUGACUGUCUUACUUCUACUUUUUCUUAUGAUCCUGGCUUGAGUCUAGUACUCGCAUUGAGAGAGAUAGGGAACGUCUUAGAAGACCAGUUGACCUCGUAAGCUGCUAUAUGAUCUAGGAAAUCCUCUACCGAAGAUCGGGGUUGUAUGUUGCUAUAGAGAUCUGGAGAGCUGCAUUGGUUUGAGUUAGGUUUGCUUGGGGACAAGCAAACAGUUAAGUGUGGGGGGAUUUGAUGACUCGGUAUUUGCACAUGUUUUCCCCUUUGUUUCUUGAUUGUUUGAGCUUGAAUUAUCGUGUCUUUGGCCUAUUUUACGCUAGGUUGUGUUCCUUUGUCACAUUUCAGGUCCUAGCACAUAAAGUGAAGCAUAGGCGCAAGUUUCAAGUCAAUCAGAGAUCAAUUGACGAUUCGGGAGAAGAAACUCGGGUAUGACCU